CGUCUGUGACCAGAUCCAUAAAACUGCCCGUUACAUAUUUUCCCCCUAUUCAUACCUUUUCACUUCUUCCUUCUUCUCCAAUUCCAUUUCUCACUCUUUCUUCCAUUUCGUAACACAAAAAAAAAAUGGAAAAGUACGAAAAGAUCGAGAAAGUCGGAGAAGGAACCUACGGCAAAGUAUACAAAGCGAAAGAAACAUCCACCGGCCAAAUCGUGGCCCUCAAAAAAACCCGACUCGAAAUGGACGAAGAAGGCGUCCCUCCCACCGCCCUCCGCGAAGUCUCCCUUCUCCAAAUGCUCUCUCAAUCUCUCUACAUCGUCCGCCUCCUCAACGUCGAGCACGUCGACAAAAUCCCCAAGUCCGCCUCCCAUUCUGCAACCCCUAAGCCGAUCCUGUACCUCGUUUUCGAGUAUCUCGAUACCGAUCUGAAGAAAUUUAUCGAUACUUUUCGCAAAGGAGCGAACCCUAGGCCGUUGCCGAGUUCGCUUGUUCAGAGUUUUCUGUUUCAGCUUUGUAAGGGGGUGGCUCAUUGUCAUAGUCAUGGUGUGCUUCAUAGGGAUUUGAAGCCGCAGAAUUUGCUGCUUGAUCAGCAGAAAGGGAUUUUGAAGAUUGCUGAUCUUGGUCUUGGGAGAGCUUUUACUGUUCCGCUUAAGAGUUAUACGCAUGAGAUUGUUACUCUUUGGUAUAGAGCUCCUGAGGUUUUGCUUGGAUCUACUACUUACUCUACUGGUGUUGAUAUCUGGUCUGUUGGAUGUAUUUUCGCUGAGAUGGUGAGGAGACAGGCUUUGUUUCCAGGGGAUUCUGAAUAUCAGCAGCUUCUUAACAUAUUCAAGCUUUUGGGGACUCCAACGGAGCAACAAUGGCCGGGAGUUAGCUCCUUGCGUGAUUGGCAUGUCUACCCAAAGUGGGAGCCUCAAAACUUGACAAGAGCUGUGCCGUCUUUGGCACCUGAAGGAGUGGACCUUCUCUCGAAAAUGCUCAAGUAUAAUCCCUGUGAGAGAAUAUCUGCCAAAGCAGCACUUGAUCAUCCCUACUUUGACAGUCUUGACAAGUCUCAAUAUUAAUGAUGACUCCAGCUUGGAAGGUUUAGCGCAGAAGUGUCUGUCAAGCUACAAUGUAUUGGCCGUUAAAAAAAGCAACAAUGUAUUGCAGUCGGUGAAAAUAAAUUCACCACACGGAGUUGAAGGAUAUAUAAGUUUGGUUUUAUGUAAUAUUUCCUCAUCAUCUUGGUGAUUUAAACAAUUUACUAUUGGUUAAGUUCAUAAUUGCUCAGUCUCUCUGUAGGACCCUUGAAGUACUUUAUGCACCUUUAAAAAUGUUAUUAUCUGUUGAGAUUGAAA